GAAGGUCGUGAGAUCUUCAGUAUGGGUGUAGUUAGACGACAACUUUGUGGAUUGUUCAUUGAUGAGAGUCACUGUGUGUCAAAAUGGGGAAGCUCAUCGGGGGCACAAAGGCCUUUCGCAGUGCUUACGGAAAACUUGGCGAGAUGCGUGCCAAACUGAAGUCAUCGGUUCCAGUCAUCGCGAUGACCGCAACUGCUACAAGCGAAGUUCGUCGAAAUGUCGCAGAUAGUCUUGGACUACGGAACUAUGCUUUGCUGAGUAGGUCUCCAGAGAGGAGCAACAUCAAACAUGUCUAUCUCCAGUCGAAAACAAAGGACUUCGAUAAGGUUUUUGAGUUGAUGGUGAAGGAGGUGCAGGAGAAUGACAUCCACACUGAGCGAACAAUUAUUUAUUGUCAAUCAAGGAGAGUUGUUAGUGACCUAUUUGCGAUGUUCAGAGACUUACUUCCCUCAAGUCAUCAUAAGUAUGUACAAAUGUACCAUACUAAUACCGAGGCAGAUGUGCAAGAGCGAAUAAUUGACAGUUUUGGGGAUACAGCAGGAGAGGUGAGGAUCCUCGUGGCCACGAUUGCUAAUGGCAUGGGAGUGGACCUCAAGCAGGUGUACAGAACAAUCAUCUGUGGGCGCACAUCGGACUUGGAUGAUUACAUGCAAAGGAGUGGUCGCAUCGGACGAGAUGGAAAGCAGAGUGUGGCUGUCACCCUGCGGUAUCCUGGUGACAUUAGAGGACGAAUAUUGAGCAGCACGAUGAAAGACUUCGUAGGAGGCAAAGAGUGUCAUCGAUCCACGAUAAGGAGAGUAUUUGGAGAAGGGAAUACAAGUGCAGUGCUACAAGAUCAUGAUUGCUGUGACAUUUGUGCUUCAUCAUGUACUUGCGAUGGAUCUAGAUGCAGUGCUCGACGAUCAUUCCUGGAGACAUCACUGCAACAGGCUGUGGCAGUGAAGGAGCAUGGUGAAGAACUUCCUCUCCUGAUUGCAUCUCCUGCUCAAGUGACCAACCUAGAGCGUGCCCUCGAUGGUUAUAGGAGCAGUCUCUUGCCAGAAGAUGAAGGGCAUGUGUACAGUGGAGCAGACAUUGCUUGCGGAUUCCCUUUAGAAGUUGGGGCACAGAUUGUCAAGGAUUGUAAUGUACAUUUCAAUUUUCAUAGCUUUGUUGCUCGGUACAAUUUUCCUAGCAGCAAAAUUGCAUCAGAGGUAUGGGAAAUUAUGUGUGCGUGUCUUGGGAGAGUAGGAAUUGAGGAAGAGGACAUUCCAGCAAAUUGCACUACAUGUAGUAAUGACGAAUCUGAAGAGUCCUAUUCGGAAUCUGAAUAUCAGGAGGCACAUUGCUCAGACAUUGAAUGACUUUAGACAGCAGAUGAAAAAUCAGGAUUUUAGUUUAAGAAGUAAACAACUGCAUACAUUGUAGAUUUGAAUCUUUCUAAUGUUUGCAAACUAAAGACAUUGCCUAUUUAUAUUUAAGAAGUGUAUUUGUCAUGCUUCUAAUUGACAUUUACCACUGGUACCACGGUAUAUACAUUGUGCAAAAUCUUGUAAUUGUAGCUGCAAUCUACAUGUAGAUGAAUGUUAUUAUCGUACAUUUUCUGGUGUUCUUCAUGUAUG